ACAACAAUAAUUUAGAAAGACAUGAUGGAGAUAGGCUUAAAGUUGUGUCGAAUUGAAUACUAAACAAUCGUCAUUUUGGACCAAGUUCAAGCUUAUGUAAAAAGUCUAUAGAGUUUUGGCAAACGAUGUUCACAACCUUAAUGAGAGCUGUCUACCUGCUCCAUUGCUAUUCUCCAUCUCUUGAGCAUUAUGCAGCCAUUUCUUUGGGGGGAGGGGGGGGGAAUGUCUAGAGCUUUUACCUAAUUUUAUAGUUAAAGGUUUGAAUUUCUGUGAUUUCUUAAAUAUGACAUUUUUGGAAUUACAGUAAGAUAAUGUCAUGUUUUGGUAUUUGGUGUAUUUUGCAUAUAAAAGAAUCUGGAUUCAAUUCAUAAUUUAUGCAGUCAAUUUUCACUAAAAGUACUAAAAGCACUAAAAGUAUGCAUUUUGUUUUCUUUUUGAAAGGUUUUCCAUUUCUAGCUUUGUAGCAGAUCUAAAACAGAUAUCUUAAUACUUAGGGUUAAUUUGUAUAUGAUCUAAUAUGCUUUUUUGCCCAUCAAUAUUUUUUGGCUGACAUAACGUUUGUCAUAAAAAUCCUGAUUGAUACAAACAGGACCCGCCCCUAGAACUAAAAUGGUAAUACAUCAAACAGCCAACUUAUGCAUGUUCAUCUUCUAUAAGUUCGAGACAUGCUCUCUCUGCGUCUCCUCGCACCCAAAAUUGUAGUCAUCUUUGGCAGUUUUUAUCAUACAAUGUUAAAAAUUCAGAGCAUUGCCAACUUUUUUAAGUAAAUUGUAUGUAGAGUUCCUUAAUUCUUGAAAAUAAAAAUGUCUAAUAAUCGCCUAUUUAUUUUGUUGCUUGACUACAUUUAUGGCCUAAUUUCACACAUUGACUAAUGCAGAGUUUGCAACUUUGUAGAUGCUUUUUGAAUGAGAUUUUUAACAACUCAGUUCAUAAAUGAUUUUUCAUUAAUGACCUAAAAUAAAAUUCUUGAGAGAUGUUGUUCAUUUACAUAAAUUUGCAUUCUUUAAAAUUAUUUUCACUUCAAGACGCAGCCAAACAGCAAGUCCGAUUUACGAAGAGAACAGAAAAGAAGAUGACGCUCAGGAUAUUAAGACCGCGGCAUUGGCCCUCACAUCUCUCUCCCUUUCACCUGCUGUAACCGGGAAAAGUGAAGACAUGCAGAAUCAACGCUUCGUCUUCCCACUUACCACUCAAAGGGAUGAGGACAAGGCUAUGGAACCAGGAGGAAUGCAAGCAGACGAAGGGUACAGUGACAGCAUUAUAAAGCCUAGAACAAGGUCUUUCGAGACACCGAAGUUAACAAAGUCGAGAGAAAAGAGGGCCGGUUCAUUGGAUUUGCACGUUGACGAGCCGAUACGCGAACAGAAGCUAGAAAGAGCCGAAUCCUGGGAUGUUGAAAAAUAUGGCCCAGAUAACAAGACGCAGAAAUUGGAGAAGGGGAAUAAAGCAUUUAAAUGCAUGUGGCGUGGAUGUGGCCGGGUGCUCAUGUCAUUACCCGGUAUUGUGCGGCAUGUGAGGACGGCACAUCUAGGACCAAAAACUGAAGACAACGUAGAAUUCUAUUUCAACGACUUGUUCAUUGAAAACGAUGCAUCCAUUUCAUCAGAUGACUCAUUGCUAAGCAGUGGUAUUUCAGACGACGAUGCUUUGCUUGAAAACGAGGACACCAAAAAGGGAGGUCUACAUAUGACAGCGAGACGUGAUGAUGCAUUGAAAACAUUUUUACCAAGUUAUUUGCCUAAAAAUGAUAAUAUGCAGGAGUAUUUUUUGCCUAGAGCUGACAAGGGUGCAAGAACAAAAAUUGGAAAAAGCAAAGGACGGAUUCGGUCUUCCAGAGAAAAGGCUGGCUACGCUGGGCUCGAAACAGCGAGGAAGUGUCGUAAAGUUUAUGGAAUGGACAAUCGUAACCUAUGGUGCACUCAGUGCAGAUGGAAGAAAGCUUGUGUACGUUUUGGGAAGUAGGUUACUUCAGAAGAUGAAAGAUUAUGUAAAAUAUUGUGCAAUUAUCUCGAGAAACUCGAAACAGCCUUUAAAAUUUGCCUUAAUUCUUAGAACAUUGUAGUUUUAGAGUUGUAUUAAAGUUUUGUUAUUGCCUAUGCGAAGGGAUUUUAAAGUCGAACUAUUUUUCCAACAAAGACACAGCAACGUUCACUUUGCAGAUGUAUUUAGCUUCUUAG